AUGACUUCGCCUCACUCAAUCCUGCUCCAGAAUGCAACCCUCCUUGUCCCUGAAGGUCAUGGAGGUGAUCGCAUCGUCCCUAUAAGAAACCACUCGCUGUUGAUCGAGGGGAACAAGAUCGUUCGCAUCGCUGCAAGAAUUAAUCCACCUUCUGCUUCCACUGAAGUGAUUGACUGUACUUCGAAACUCAUCUCCCCGGGCUUCAUUGACACACACCACCAUAUGUGGCAGACUCAAUUGAAAGGAAGACACUCAGACCACACGCUUUUCGAGUACAUGACUUCCGGCAACAUGGUAUCGCAGAGCUAUAAACCGGAAGAUGUAUUCUGGGGUCAACUAGGGGGAUGCCUUGAAGCUCUCCAGGCGGGGACAACCACGAUUGUCGAUCAUGCACAUAUCUCCUACUCUCCUGAGCAUAAUAACGCUGCUCUUUCAGGAACAAUCUCAUCGGGUAUAAGAUCGAUUUAUUGUUACUGCCCUACUGCAAGGACCAAGACCUGGAAACCAUUCGAAAUGGAGAAAACUCUCCUUCCAGACUGGCUUUUCGAGCAAUUGACCACUCUAUGCAAAGCUGGACCCUUUGGCAAAGGUCGUGUAAUCAUGGGCUUUGCAUUCGACUUUUAUACUCUUCCAAAAGAGGUAAUUGUCGACAUAUUCAAACGAGUUCGCAGCCUGGGUAUCAAGACCAUCACUUCUCACUACGCCCCCAGUAUCCAAAAUGAGCCUAUCGUAGAUUUGCUUGAAAGCUACGGAAUUCUGGACAAGGAUAUUCUACUAUCCCACGUGAAUCCCCUGAACGACUCAGACGCACAGAAGAUCGCAAAGGCUGGAGCAGCAAUCUCCUCCACCCCUGACACCGAGCUUCAGACGGGCCUUGGCUGGCCGGUUUGCUUCCAAGAGAAUGCCAAGUCGAUAAGCUCGCUGGGCAUUGAUUGUCACAGCAACGGCUCGGGCAGUAUCGUUGAGCAGAUGCGUGUCGCACUCCAAGCUGAGCGUGGCCGGCGUAACGAGCGUAUUCAUGAUAUGGGAAAAUUCCCUGGUAAGAUACAGUUGUCGAUCCAAGAAGCAUUUCAGCUAGGAACUAUUCGUGGCGCAGAAGCAAUCAACCUGGAGGAUCAGCUUGGGUCUCUGGAAGAAGGCAAGAUUGCCGACCUUCUCAUCUGGGAUAUGCUGAGCCCCAGCAUGAUUUGUGCCGCUGAAGAAAACCCCAUCGGAGCCAUCAUUCUGCAUUCUUCCCCGUCUGAUAUUGACGCGGUCAUCGUUGAUGGUCAGUUCAAGAAACGAGAUGGCCGAUUGCUAAAAACCAAGCUUGACCUUGAACUGUUGCCGGAGCUGAAACCUGAGAAGUCUGAGAUUGAAUGGCCUGACAUCGCACUUGAGCUACUGAAGAGUCGUGACAGAAUACUUGUUGCAGAGAACGCCAGUGGUGCUGAUGAUAGAGAAGCAGCAUUUGAAAGUGGCCUCAGCCUCUAUGGAGUUGAUAAGGAGAACCUGGUAUUCUAG